AUGGUAAGACCUAAUUAGUUUGGGAAGAAGGCUGAAGUGGUUUUAGAGCUCGACAACCUAGAAGGGCGCAAAACAGCAACAUUCAAAGAGAGCUCAGGAAAAGAAGUCUCACUUCCUGUCUAUACCGUACUAUCCAAUUAGGGCAACGAGGAUAUUUCAGGCCGUCUCGUCGUCAACAUGAAAAGAGGCAAAAAAAUCGAGCAUCAAGGCAUAAAAGUAGAACUUAUCGGCCGCAUAGGUAUUUUUCUAUAUAGACAUCACAUAUGAGCGUAACCAAACAAGCGACUUCGUCUCCAUGUCCAGAGAGCUCGAACCUCCAGGGACAAUUAAUGAAUCUGCCACUAUUCCUUUUUCCUUCAACAAAGUAGACAAACAGUUCGAAACCUACCAAGGCCGCUUCUGCAAAGUCCGCUAUAUUAUCAAAACAACCAUCCUGCGUAAGAAUUUCUCCUCAAACAUUGUGAACGAGCAAGAAAUUUCAGUCUUGAACACUACAAAUGAAGCUGAAGACAGUACCUCAAUCAAAAUGGAAGUGGGCAUUGAGGAGUGUCUACAUAUUGAGUUCGAAUACAAUAAGCAUAAAUACCACCUUAAGGACUGCAUAUUAGGGAAAGUCAACUUUUUGCUUGUGAGAAUUAGGAUUAAGUAUAUGGAAAUUGCAAUAAUAAGAAGAGAAACCAUUGGAGCUGGCGCUCAAGCUACCAAUGAAAACGAAACUGUGGCGAAAUAUGAAGUGAUGGACGGCGCUCCAGUCAGAGGAGAAUUUAUUCCUAUCAGAGUCUUUUUAGGAGCUUUUGACUUGACUCCUACUUAUUACAAUGUCAACAAUAAAUUCUCAGUCAGACACUUCUUAAACCUUGUGUUGGUCGACGAAGAAGACCGUCGCUACUUUAAGCAGCAAGAAAUUGUGCUCUGGAGAAAAGACCUUUAA